CGGGUAGCGGUUGCAAUGCAAUUUGUAUAAAUAUUGCAGGAAUUAGCAUACAAAACUUAAAAGCUAUUUAUUAAUAGAGUGGCUAAUAUUAAACAGAAAGAUGACUUUCUUUGAAGACACUUUAAUAAUCCUGAUAUCCCAGACAGUGUUUUUCGUUGGCGGCUGGAUAUUCUUCGUGAAACAACUGUUUCGCGACUAUGAGGUCCAUCACACGCUGGUGCAGCUAAUAUUUUCAGUGACCUUCGCAUUGAGCUGUACCAUGUUUGAACUGAUCAUAUUCGAGAUCAUAGGGUACCUGGACUCAAGUUCCCGCUACUUUCACUGGAACCUAGGACUGUACUCCUUACUAUUCAUGGUGAUUGCUCUGCUGCCAUUUUACAUUGCAUACUUCUGCAUCAGCAAUAUCAGAUUUGUAUCCCAGAACAUGAUAAGGCCACUAACAGUAUUUGUGUGGUUCAUUUAUCUCUAUUUCUUCUGGAAAAUUGGUGAUCCAUUCCCUAUACUGAGUCCAAAACAGGGUAUAUUUUCGAUAGAGCAAGGUGUGUCGCGAAUAGGAGUCAUUGGGGUGACUGUGAUGGCUCUCCUCUCUGGGUUUGGUGCCGUUAACUAUCCUUAUACUUCUAUGGCUAUAUUUAUAAGGCCUGUUACCCAAACCGAUGUCCUAUCAAUAGAGAAGAAAUUACUUCAAACAAUGGACAUGAUAUUAGUGAAAAAGAAAAGGAUAGCACUAGCGGAAGCUAACAACGUGGGAGGGAGACAACAAUAUGGCUUGCUGGACCAAGCUAAUAAGAACAAGGGAUUUUGGACGAAUAUUUUAUCAAGUGUUGGCAGCAUUGCUAACCCCCUUAGUCAUAGCUCAGAGAACAUAACCCAGCUUCGACAAGAGAUCGCCGCGCUCGAAGAGCUUAGCCGGCAGUUGUUUCUAGAAGCUCACGAUGCCAGGACGGCCCGAGAGAAGGCAGAGUGGUCCAAAACCUUCCAGGGGAAGUACUUCAACUGCCUUGGGUACUUCUUCUCGUUGUACUGUAUUUGGAAGAUAUUUAUUUCAACGAUAAACAUAGUGUUCGACCGCGUGGGUAAAAAGGACCCUGUAACUCGUGGGCUGGAGCUCGUCGUCCAUUGGCUAGGGCUCAGCAUAGAUGUCGCCUUCUGGUCCCAACAUGUUUCCUUCAUCCUAGUCGGCUGCAUCGUGCUCACUAGCAUACGAGGUCUACUACUUACGCUCACCAAGUUCUUCUACGCGAUAUCAUCAUCGAAGUCAUCCAACAUCAUCGUCCUAAUACUCGCUCAAAUCAUGGGCAUGUAUUUCUGUUCCUCAGUGCUCCUAAUGCGAAUGAACAUGCCACCAGAAUACCGAAUAAUUAUAACUCAAGUGUUAGGAGACUUGCAGUUUAACUUCUACCAUCGGUGGUUCGACGUUAUUUUCUUAGUUAGCGCGUUAACUAGUAUAUUUACGUUGUAUUUAGCGCAUAAGCAGCCGUCAGUCAGCUAGCUUGGAAUGUAGUUUUAGUUAUGUUAUUUAUUUGUAAGUUGGCUGCAAAUGUAUUACUUAAUAAUUACUUAUGCGCUUAGAAAUUGCAGGACAUGGUCUAUUAUCCGUAUGUAAAUAUUUUUUUGACUGUUAUGAAAGAAAAUGAUAUUGACACUGUUGUUGUGUAGAUAGUUAGAGAAGCAACUGCACGGGUAGCAUGGUCGCGCGACAGACGAUAAAAUAUCAGGCCGUCCCUAUCGCACUAUUAGUAAGUGCGAUAGGAACGGCCAGAUGUUUUAUCAUUUAUCGCGCGACCAUAAUCUCUUUCUUCUCUUCUUCUUCUUUCUAAUAACAUCAUGUUUGAAAAUGGCUGUACAUCUUUACACCCGAGCUGAUACAAUCGUGAGGUUGUUAGCCGGUUGUUAACAUAUAAUUAUUAAUUUUAACAUAUGAUAUGUCAUUAAAUUCAAAUUCUAAAUUUAUUUAGCAAACCUCGAUUUCUUCGGUUGGAAAGGGAUACGGAUACAUCAAAUAACACUGUAAAAAUUGUUUAACUUUCGUGAAACAUAUUCAAAUAUUUAUUUAAAUAUUGAGCCAUUG